AUGCAGACUACCAAGUCAGCAAGAUUUGGAAUCACCCUGUACUAUGUAAUUUGCCCAGAGGAAGCGCCAGUUGAUCCUGCACCUCCAUUGAAAGGAAAAAAAGCCUUUGCUGAAGUCUAUGGUUCUCAUUGGGAUGAGCAACAACUCAGAGCAAGUCAUUUGCACUCAUCCUUCAAAACGGAUGAUAAGACUCUAUUUCAGAAGCUUGAUGAAGCUUUGAGAUCCAUGAACUAUGUCUCCUGUAUGGAGCCUUUCCAGCAGGCAAAGGGACAAGGCCAAAAGGCUUUCUUUGCCCUUAUCAAAACCUACCUUGGUGAUGACAAGUGGCUAUCAGAGUUCACUAAGUAUGAUAACAUGAUGCACAAUGCAAGAGUGGAAAGGAGCUUGCAACCUGACUUUGGCUGGCAAAGCAGCCCAAGCUGCAGGCAUCCUGCUAACAGAUAG